AUGGACAACAAGGAGAGUAAGCUGUGCCAAGGAGGGAGGGUGGCCUCUGCUGUGGAUGACACUCUGGAUGAAUAUUUAAUUGCCCUUCAGCACAAAAACAGAAUCCUAAAGCGCCUUAAAGUGAAAGAUCGAAAGGAAAUUGAGUUGGAACGACUAGAGCAAGGAUUUUCCAUUUAUCUGAAUGGAGCCAAUGCAGAAGUCAACCGGAAAGAGUUGCCAAAGAACUACCCCCACAAGGCCAGCAUAUCCCCACCUUCCUGGAGGCCCGCGCAGACAGCAGAUGUCUGUAGAAGCGCCCACCAGUUAACCGAGGACAGCCAUAACCCGGAACACGCGGCGAAGCAGAGGAGUCACACAGCUCCAGGGAAAGUCCAGCGGAAGCAAUGGAUGCAGGACUCAGUCAAGAUUCGCUCGGAAGCCGGGCCAACCCUGCGUAUAACCUCAGAAAAUCUCUAUUCAGACGAUUUUGAGCCAUAUGAAAGCAUGGACAUGGAGAGUCCCAGAAUUUGUCCUCGCAGCCCGCGUUCUCCCAGAAAUCCCUGCAAACUGUCACGGUCAAGAUCUGAGAGUCAAAACAGCCAUAGAGAGGAACAGAACGAGAAAGUACUUCUGAACCUUGAGGAAGUGAAGGUUUUGCGCCGUAGCCUCGAGGUCAGCAUGCGGCGAAGCAACCGUGGCUCUGACGGCGAGGAUUCUGAGGAGGAGUGGGUGGAUGAACACAUAGAAAGAGAUGAGAGUACGGAAAGUCUGGAUGAACUGGGGCUUCCUCUGACGUCAUCCAAGUCUUCAUCAAACUCUCGAGCCAACGAACGCCAAGGCCAUUUUGACCCAUCCAACCUCGUAGUUCUUGACUUUGGACCGUCAACUAAAGGUCAUAAGAUUGAACAUGCGCUAUCAGCAAAAAGGAAAGAGAAUGUGGGCAGCUUCAUACCAACCAGGCCCAUGUUGGUAAAAAGUAAAACAAUAGACAGGCCCCCAUCAAAGGACUGGGACAGCCAGAAAACAAGAUACGGAGUAGAAAGACCCCCGUCUGUGGUAAGAAAGGCUUCCCUGGAGGAACGUGGCCCAGACGACAUGGCACGCAGCGUGAGUCAACCCAUCCAGAGAGACAACAGCCCAGAGCACACCGAGCUUCUUACGGGCAAAGGACCUAAUCUGAUGAAUGCUUUUAUACAGAGCUCUGCUCAUGAAAAGCAUGACAACAGUGUUACAAUGGCAAUGCAGCGAAUAACUCUGAUGGGGCCGAGACAACAGCAGAAACUUCUCAAUGCUCUUGAGCAACUGGACUCUUGCCCGAGUCAUUUUUCACAGUGUACCAAACUGGACCACGGCAAUCUGUUGAGGAGACAGUCUUCCUCUGAGGUCACUCCAGCUCUGUAUGUCACUAUGGAGAUUCUUUCCAACUGGGGGAACGCUCUGCAGGUCGGCCUUACUGGGCUUCAGUUUUUCUGCCUUAAGAACAAGAAACUGUAUGUUUCACCUCAUGACCUGGACAUCAGAAACACAGAGUUCCCCGGCAAUCUAGAAGCACUCGUCAAUGGUCAAAUGAAGACCAUAAAAGACCGCCACAUGUGGACUUGUCCCUAUCACCCUCCGAUCCAGCUCUACUUCAUCAUUAGGAACACUGAGCGCAUCCUGGACUUUGGAAUAUCUCGCAUCAAAAUCUGGAACUUCAAUCGAAGCCUCAAUGAUCUUGACAUUGGUGCAAGGCAUAUAAAGCUUUACCUCAACAGUACACUAGUGUUUGAAGGAGAACUGGAUAAGGGCUGUGGUAACCAGGUCUUUGACUACAGUACGACCAUCGACCUGCACGAUUUCCACACCUCAGAUCUGAUUUCCAGCCCUGUGUCUUCAGGACACAGUCUUCGAGGCAUCAGCCCUCAGCGCAGUAAUGAGCCAAGAGCCAGUAGCGACAUCAUUAUUCAGCGACACCAAAGCUACUCUUCAUCAUCAGCCGGCGUGGGACAGGCCAUGAGUGACAUGCCAGAGUCACAUGCAGCACUCCCACCCAUCACUUCCUUUGGAGCCUCUUCUGAUGAGCACAGUUCGGUCCUGGAGCAGACAGUCACCACUCAGCCAUCAUCCUCCAGAGUGGCCCCGCAGUGGCUGCAGCCCUUAAACCGCGGAGCCCUCGAGGAGUGUGAGACCAACAGGGAGAAGCCCCGGUGGUUAGUCCCACAGUCCACUGACCACAAAGCCCCCGCAGUCUCGUCCAGCUCCAUGCUUUCGGAGCUCCCAUGUAACCCAGGUCGUGUGUGCCGAGGCGGGGAAAGAACAACCAAUGGUGGUCGUCGGAGAGCAGAGUCUUUAGACAGUGAUCUGCUCAUGGAGUUUGGAGAUUCUAAACUGGACAGACCCGUCAGUGAAAGACGGAGUUCAUUCCGCACUCCUGCAAGAAGAGCUGAAGAGUUAGCUUUCCAAACCUCUGCACUAACAUCCUCAGAUGACUCACUUUCUCCACUAAACUCAAGUAGAAAACACAGCUCGCAGCAGUCGCACUUGGAGAGCCAGCAGGACGACUCUCUCAUGGAGUCCUGGGACUCUCUAGUUAAGUUCAAUCGGCACCAGCGGGGCCGCAUCUCCAACAUGGGCUUUGAAGGCGAUAUCUUGGAUGAGUUCCUCCAGCGCCAGGGCCGUGGCCCACCCUCUGUUCAAGCUGAGCCUUCACCCACUCCCAGGAGCCCCUUGUCCUCCUCCUUUGUUCUGGCUGACGAGGACCCGUCUAUGGAACGAGACGAGGAGUUUGAGAUUCCAGUGCUGCCCAAGGGUCAGAGGCUGGUCAUCAACAUCCUGUCCACUUGGGGAGACCGCCACUAUGUUGGCCUCAACGGACUGGAAAUAUUCAACUCGAGCGGACAGCCCCUUAGACCCGCUCACAUUUACGCUGAUCCUCCAGAUAUUAAUAUUUUGCCAGCUUAUGGGAAGGAUCCACGAGUGGUUACCAACUUAAUCGAUGGAGUAAACCGUACACAGGACGACAUGCAUCUCUGGCUGGCUCCUUUCAGUCCAGGACGAAAACACACCCUUUUUCUUGACUUUGGUGCUUCUUUCCGAGUGGCCAUGAUCCGUGUGUGGAACUACAACAAGUCACGGAUUCAUUCGUUCCGAGGAGUGAAGGAGGUAGAAAUGCUGCUGGAUGGAGUUCGUAUUUUUCGAGGCGAGAUUGCCAAAGCAUCAGGGACGCUCUCUGGCGGACUGGACCAGUUUGGGGACACUAUUCUAUUCACCAUUGAGGAUAACAUUUUGGAGGAGAUGUCCCGAUAUGAUGAAACAUUUUUCACUGAAGUGGACUGUCCAGACAACAUGGUGCAUGAGGAGGAGCUUCAGAGGCCGCGCACUGCAGACGGCGAGGGAGAGGAAAGGCCGUUUACUCAGGCAGGUUUCAGAGAAGAAGACCUCAUGCUGAAACUCCAACUGAAUCCCUCCCUCAGUCCGACAGAAGACUGUGUGGAGCACGUUCCCGGCCUCUACACUGGAAAGUGCCUUAGAAUGGACAUGGUGUUGACCUGGGGAGACUCUCACUACAUGGGGCUGACAGGACUGGAGGUGGUGGGCAAAGAGGGAGAGAGUUUACCUUUAGACCUCAGCAUGAUGGCUGCCUCACCCAAAGAUGUCAACGACCUGCCUGAGUAUGGACAUGAUCUGCGGACCCUCGAUAAACUCAUAGAUGGCCAUAAUAUAACCACUGACGACCAGCACAUGUGGCUGAUUCCUUUCUCCUAUGGAGAACCUCACACCUUAUUCAUUCAGUUUAACAAAAUCCAGACAAUUGCUGGACUUCGUAUCUGGAACUACAACAAGUCCCCUGAUGAUUCCUACAGAGGGGUGAAGCUGAUCCAUUUGUUCAUGGAUGACGUGGCCAUCUCUCCAUCAGACGGCUUCCUCAUCAGAAAAGGACCUGGUCAUUGUCAUUUCGACUUUGCUCAGGAAAUCCUCUUUAUUGAUUUUCUUCAGACACCGACUGACACCAAGUGUGCCGAAAGCUUCCCUUACAAAGGAAAUGCCAAGAAACUAGAAGAGGCGAGCAUGGACUACGAGUCUCUCAUCAUGCCCUCUGGAUUCAUCUUUCAGCUGCAGCUCCUGACCACAUGGGGCGACCCGUAUUACAUCGGCCUCAACGGCCUCGAGUUUUACGACCAGAACCAUGAGAAGAUCCCGCUGACGGACAACAACAUCGCUGCUUUUCCAGACAGUGUGAAUGUUCUGGACAACGUCACGGGGGAUGUGCGCACUCCAGAUAAAUUAAUCGACGGCGUUAACAAUACUCAUGACGGGAGGCACAUGUGGCUGGCCCCGGUUCUUCCAGGACUGGUCAAUCGUGUAUAUGUCAUAUUUGACCAGCCAGUCACCCUGUCGAUGAUAAAGUUAUGGAACUACUAUAAAACCCCACAACGAGGAGUCAAGGAGUUUGGGUUGCUGGUGGACGACCUCUUGGUGUAUAAUGGGAUAUUGGACUGCGUAAGCCAUGUGACCAGAGGAAUUCUACCAACGUGCGACCCGCUGGUCCCAUACCACACCAUCCUCUUCACUGACAACGCCUUCAUCGCACACAAGGAACGAAACACGGUCAUUAGCCCCCUUGGCAGGAGAUUCCGCCAACACAAUUACGUGGAAGAUCAAGAUGUGAAGUUGACCAAUGAAAAUCACAUCGUCCAUUACAACAAAAAGAAGCAAAAUGCAGAUCCAGCUCUCCGGCCCAAAACCUGCAUGACCGACGGCGGGAAACACGGAAAGCGGAGGUACUGA